UAAGAACUCAACUACUCUAGAGACACGUUUUGCCGAUUUAAUAUUUUACAAAAUAUUUACAUACACUUUUUUUCGGUGAAAAUUUUUUUAUAGUGAAUAAAUAUUAAAGAAAAAUUAAUAUUAUAUUCAUUAAUUUAUUUCAAAAUACACUAAAUAAAUAACUAAAUUAUAAUAUAAUUUGUGUGUUAGUGAAAACAAACGGGCACUGAACCCACCCCCAAAAUUAACUCUACUGUUGUUGCUAGAAAUCAAAUAAAGAAUUUAUAAAGGAGUUUGUGUUAGACAAAAAAAAGGGGGUAGACUUUAGUAAUUAUAAAUAAAAAAACAAAAAUCACUUGAAGCCAUUGUAUUGUGAUGUAUUGAAUUGUUGUCUUACAAAGGAAUUUCGUGUUCAAGUGCUGUAGAAGUGAGCGUAAAAGGAACACAACCUGUCAACGGGUUGCUGCUGCUCGCCGUACGUCUCGCUAACGUCAUCACCUCGAAUUUUUAUUUUUUUGGACCACCCAAUAAACACUUAGAAAAUCAAAAAUUUAUUAACGCAGCUUUAAUCAUAAUGGCUGAUUUAAUAGCUUCAAUGCUUAAUUACAAUGUCUUGGAAGUGAUAUUUUCAUAUUUGGAUUUGCGUGAUCUUAGGAAUUGUAUGUUGGUCUGUCGAAGUUGGAAAAAUUUCCUAGACGAUGAGAAUAGUGAUGUCUGGCGUACCUAUUGUAUACGUAAACUACCCGAAGAGGCUCUAAAAUCAGAUUUACUUUCGUCAGUGCCCACAUAUAAAAUGAAAUUGAGAGCAUUUUAUCAUGCCUGGGAUCCAUUCGAUUGUUCGAGAAAUGUAUAUAUUAAACGAAAUGGUUUUACAUUACAUAGAAAUCCCGUUGCUCAAAGUACAGAUGCAGCAAGAGGUAAAAUAGGUUUUCGUGAGGGACGUCAUACCUGGGAGGUGAUAUGGGAGGGACCAUUAGGUACAGUGGCUGUUGUUGGUAUAUCAACGAAAGAAGCACUUUUACAGUGUCAUGGUUAUGUGGCCUUAUUGGGAUCAGACGCUCAAAGUUGGGGUUGGAAUUUAGUAGAAAAUCAUUUAUUACACAAUGGUGAUGUACAAGGCAGCUAUCCAUUGUUAAAUAAUGCACCCAAAUAUCAGGUGGGCGAAAGAAUACGUGUUAUACUAGACUGCGAUGAUAAUACAUUAUCUUUUGAAAAAAAUUAUGAAUUUUUAGGUGUUGCAUUUAGAGGUUUACCGGAUAAAAAACUUUAUCCCACGGUAUCAGCUGUUUAUGGUAAUACGGAGGUUUCUAUGGUGUAUUUAGGGCCGCCUUUAGAUGGUUAAAUUUUUGUUUUAGUUCUUAAGUUUUUAAACAUAUUUUUAAAUAUAUAUAAUUCUUAAUUAAAUGGCUCUUUAACUAUAAAACAAAACACACACAUACACACACACAUAUAUAUAUAUUAAAAUGAAAACAAUAUUUAUCACAUAACACAAGAAUACAAAAAUCACCAACAA